UUAAAAAUCUGAUUUCAACUUCCGUCCAUAUAGUUACCAUAACGUAGCUACCAACGAACAGAAGCAGACAAAAUGCGCCUCCUCUCAACACCUCUCCUCUUCCUCCACCUUCUCGCCGGAUACGUCGUCUGCCAGGCGACCGAACUCCCCUCUUCCGCAGACAUAUUCUACUGGCCACUCACCUCCCCGCAGCCCUCCCUCCUCGCAAAAAUCAGCUACGACCCACGAACCCUCGACAGCAAUGUCCUCUCCUACACGCCGCCCUCCUUAACAACUCCCCGUGAAGACAGCAGCGAGACAACGCAAAACCUAGUCCGCGUAGGCUUCUUCACCUCGUCCUCAGCAACCCGCUCGAAGCAAUGGGUUGGCAGCCUCGUCUCGCAGUCAGCGUUGUCGACGGGACACCGCCAGAAACUGCACUUGUAUUUGAGUCCGGCGGAUGAUCUAUAUCAUGUUUCGCUAUCAGCGCAUCCCGAACAGUCUGUGGAUGGCAAUGCGUUGGAUGUGGAUAUUGUGUUUCCAGAUGCUGGCGCGUUGCCGGAGUUGAAUAAGCCCAUUGUGGUGAAUCCGGAUGGAACGAAUACGGAGGAGCCGGAGAAGACCUUUCUUCAAAAGUAUGUCUCUUUCCCCUACGCUAUGUUCAAGAUGGUGGUGUUGUGGAUGUGGUGAUUGCUAACAGUGUAUAUUGUGUAGGUACUGGUGGGUGUUCUUGAUAGUGACCUUUCUGGCCCUGUCGGGAGGCGGAGGGGAAGGGCGGUGAUUCUGUAUAAUAAUGAAUAGAUAUGAUAUGGUGUUAUUGUGGCAAUAUACUUAUGGUAUUCC